CACGUGAUACGAUGGUUGUCAAAAUGGCGGCUGGUCUGCCAAGAUCUGGGCUGUUCGAAGUAUAUAUUCGACAGCAAUGGUGCAGAGUUUACGUUACUUUAAAUGAGGAUUCGUUGACUUUAACACUUGAUGAAAAUCCAGAGUUAGCAAAUAGCACUCUUGGAUCAUCAGAUGCAUCUAGCACACUUCCUAAAACGGACCAGUUACCAGACAGUCUCGCCGGGCAAAAACGUCUUGUGAGAGUGGUUAAAGAGGAACAGAAUGGCCUUGGAAUCAGUAUAAAAGGUGGCAAAGAGAAUAAAAUGCCAAUUUUAAUAAGUAAAAUCUUCAAAGGAAUGGCGGCAGACAAAACUGAAAAGCUCUAUGUAGGAGAUGCUAUUUUGUCUGUAAAUGGUGAAGAUCUAAGGGAAGCAACUCAUGAUGAUGCUGUAAAAGCAUUGAAAAAGGCCAAAAAAGUUGUAGAUAUAGAAGUGAAGUAUAUAAGAGAAGUGAGUCCAUAUUUUAGAAAGACCUCAGCAUUGAAUGACUUAGGUUGGGGAGGUCAAGAAGCACAGAGAGAUGCUGCCCGGGCAAACUGGAAUGAAUCAAAGACAAUCCCAUUAAAAUUAUGUUAUUUAUGUAGAAAUCUUAGUAUGGCAGAUCCUGAAAGAAAAACUUUAGAACUCAAUUCCCCUGAUGGGAAAAGUUCCUGUAUAUUAAGGUUUCCAGAUCCUGGAACCGCCUCAGAAUGGUUCAAUCUAAUCCAUGCUAAUGUAGCUAUUUUGAUGAGACAAUGUAUAGAGGAAGCCAACCACAUAAUGAGUUCAGCUCCUAACUCAGGGGAGAUCAAACACAUUGGAUGGUUAUCUGAACAGCUAUCUAAUGAGCAAGGUACCCCCACCUGGAAACCAGUAUUCUUAGCUGUAACAGAUAAAGAUUUAAUGAUGUAUGACACAGCUCCUUGGAGUAAAGAAGAAUGGGCCACACCAUUUCAAAGUCAUCCAUUACUGGCUACAAGACUAAUUCAUUCUGGUCAGAGAACUAACCCAAUGACCGGUGGAGAUUUAGUGACCUUUGGUACUAGAUGUGGCACAAGAAAUGGUGUGGAAAUGCAUGUAUUUAGGGUAGAAACACAAAGAGACCUGGCAUAUUGGUCCAGAGCAUUAGUCCAAGGAUCACAUGGAGCUGCAGUAUUGAUUAAAGAAGUUAGCUGUGUAUGUACUUGGCAGAACCAAGAAGCCAGACUAAAUCUACACUAUGAAAAUGGUUUUACCUUAUACCAUGCAAAUGAUGAUAAGAUAUUCUGGUCUUUUCCGUAUGAAAAGUUACGAAUGUCAGGAGAUGACGGCAACAGGUUGAUGUGGUUAGAUUUUGGGACAGAUGGAGAACAUGAACUGGAUCUGCAGACCUGUCCAAAACCUAUUGUGUUUGUUCUACAUACAUUUUUGUCGUCAAAGGUCAAUCGACUUGGAUUGGUAGCAUGAUAAAAGCUGGAGGAAAUAUCUGAAUACAGAAAGGAAAUUAAUUUAGAUAUUUUGAAGACAAUUUUUUAAUUUUAUAAAGGAAAAAGCUUUAAAAAGGAACGUGUACAAUUGCAUGAUGGUGUACAGUUUCUAAACAGAUGUAAUUAGAUGCUAUAGGGGACUCAUUGUUAUGCAGAUAAAAGUUCAACAGUAAUGUAACAUCAUGCAGCAAUAUAUAUUUUGUAUUACAAAUGUAUUAACCAUUUUUUCUUUCAAAAGCUUUUUAUAUAUUUUAGAAAUAUAUAUUUUGUAACAGAAAUGGUUAGGAUUGCACACUGACAGAAAAAGUAGACUAAAAAUAAGGAAAAUAGAUUUUUGACUUAGUAUAUAAUAUAAUACACAAGGAAUUAGAUUUUUUCUAGAAUCAAAAUUAAAGUGUUGCACUCGAGUUUAUCAUAAAAGAAAGCCACUGUGGUCAGGUGGUAGAUUAUAUUCCAGAUAAAAAUUAAUAAUGGGAGAUAACUCAAGUUAAGCUUAGAAAAUUCAUCUAGCCUUGGUUCUUUGCAUUUGUUCCUGAACUUGUUUACCAGUUUUUGGUAUCUUAUGAUUUAUAGUAACAAAUUUGAAAAAAAAAAAAAAAAUCCAGAUAUAAAAUUUGCCUGAAAAUGUUUUAUGACUCACUAAAAAUAUUUCAUGUUUUUUAAACAUGUUUAAGAAACUAUACUUUUUUUUAGAUAAUUUUUAUCAACAUGGAUAAUGAAAUGAUAUCCUUUUACUCUUUAUAUUCUACAUACAUAUAUUAGUUAUUGAUUACUUUUAUGUAUCAUUUACUGAAAAAGGCUAUAUAUGGAUGAACUGCAAAUGCUUGUUUGAUGUCAUUUCUACAAAUUUGUGUUUUAAAAAACCCAUUUAUGAAUCCAUGUGUUUUGAAAGAUUCGAUUUGUUAUAUUUAACAUUUAUUAUUUCUUGCCAUAUAAUGAUCCAUUUAUAAAAUUAUUUAGGUCUCCAAUGCUAUUUAUAGAUAUUUUAUUUAUAUAUGUUAUAGUUAUUUUAGUUUUCUAUUUUUUAUGUUUUAUGUUAUUUUAUGUAGAUAUUAAGCAUUUACAUAAGGUUAUAGAUAUAGUUUUAUUUAUUUGAUAUUGAUACUAGAGCCUAUAGUAUUCCCUUUUUAAUAUUAUUUGGGAUAGGGGGAAGCAGAUGGGGUUGGAGACAUUAUCAUUGGAUUUUGUAACCAAUACAGGAAAGAUAACUUUACAUUUAAAAGUUUUAUCUUGAUGUUGUUCAGAAAAAACAACAUGGCAAUAUUUUUCUCCCACAAAAGUUGUUCUGAUCCCCACACCUAAACCACAUAAAUUCUGAACUGCCAUGACAAAUGUUUGAAUUGUUUCAUCUUGGUUUCUCAAGGCACUCUAUAAGAGUUUUGUAUUUAUAUGAAAUAAAGAGUAGAUUAAAAAGGGCAUAUUUUUUUGUUAUAUUAUUAUGAAAAAGCAUUUUGAAAAAUAUAUUUUAGUCAAAUAUAAAAACAUUCUAUUUAUAGAAAAUUCUAGUCAUAAUCUUUCAAGAAUUUUCAAAUUAUAAUUUGGUUAUAUAAGGUUUUCAUAAUGUUAUGACUAAGGCUUGAAAGUUUGUAUUUGGAAGAUUUUGUUUGACAGAUUGUAAUUCAUAGAAAUGAGUGUUAGACACAUUUUUUAGUUAAUUAAGUUAUGUAUGAAUUUACUGAACAAAAGUGGUUAAAAGACUUAAUUGUAUUUUUUUUAAUUUGCUUUUAUUUUCAAAAUUUUACAUUCUCAAUAUAUUUGAAUCCUCAUUAUGUACAUGUAAGACAUAUUUUCUUGUUUUAUGGCCAUUUAAAAUACAUUUGUGACUUUUAAUAAAUGUCUGUCAAGUGAAUUGAAAGCUAAGUGUAUUAAAUCAUAGAUGCUUAUCUACUUUAUAGUGAACGUUUUUCAUUUUUUUUCUAAAUUUCCUAGGAAAAAUUAAUUAAGCAAGUUUUAAGUAAAAAUUAUUAUGAAAUGUUAAAAUGAAAUAAGUUGAAAGUUGAUAGUUUUCAUUCAGGGAAAAUGUAAUUCACAACAUGACUAUAUGAUUUCAUUGUAAAUGUUUGGCCCCAAGUAUAGGUGUGUGAGAGUAGACACUUGAGUUGCAUCUUUCUAGUGACAGAAAUGGCAUUGUAAUAUAGAUUUUUGAAACAUACAAUUGAUUGUAGAAUCAUGAAGAUAAGGAUAUCUAUCAUGAUGAUCUACCAUGGCUAGGUACAUUGUGUUUCUACUCAUAUAUUUUGUAGUCAUAUAAUAGUUUUUAUAACGUUAGUAAUAAUAAUCAUAUUCAAUGAAAGUUAUCCUUUUUAAUUAUUGUAAAAAAAUACAUGAAUAAUUUUGUCAUAUUUUGUAAAACAAUUAAAUUUUAUAAAGGUCUUGUGACAUGCAUCCUUACACAUGUGAUUAUAUGUCUCUAACAAUUAGUUAAAAUAAUUAUUUUAUGUUAAUGCUACAGGUUAUGUGUAAUAAGCUGAUAUUUGGUAUGCUUUUGUAAUAUAUGGAAUAUUUUAAAAGAUUAGUUAUAUCCUUUUACAUAGCAUUUCAUAGAUAUAGAUGUCUCAGAUUAUAUAUAGUUUGCUAUGGUCAGGACAUGAAUGCUCACGAUAUCUAUUUAUGUAAUUUUUCCAAUUCAGCCUCCUAAAAAAUAUGUUUAUAUUAUCAACAGUCUGAAAACUGGUUCUUUGUGUUACACACUCUGACAGUAAAACAAGGAAACAUAUUUGCUAAGGUAAACAAUGCUUGAAAUAGGUAUGUCUUUCUGCAAUACCAUAAUAUGAUAAUAAUAAUUCUAUUGAGGAAGAAUAUAGAUAAAAUAUGUAUUCAUUAUUAUUUGUUGUACACUACUUUAUUUUGUGGAGUACAUUGAUAAAGAUUGAAUACAAAGUUGGGUGUUUAUAGAAAUUGAAAUUUUCUGUAGGGUUAUAAUGAAAAUUUGCUAUAAACUAAAUAGAAAAAUGAUAAACCACAAAAAAAUUUGUAGACAUGACUAUUAAUCUGCAAUAUUUCAUGGAUAUAAGGUUAUAAAUCAGUGUUUUUGUGUUAUUAAGUAUCUUUCCACUGCAUAUUUAAUGUUGUCAAUAAUUUUUGUGUGAUAUUAAAGCUAGUCUGCUUUUAUUGUUUAUUAUAAUUUAAGAAAGUUGCUUUAAAUGGUUUAGUGUUUAUUAAUCUAGGUUUUGAAAGCAUUAUUCAGUAUUGAAUUUGUAAACACGACAAUCUGCUGGAAAGAAAAGAAAAAUAAUAUGCAAGUACCUUUAUAUCCUCACUGUGUGGUGCUACAAAAAAAUAUGAUGGACAACUUAUAUUCCAAACCUGUUGUUUAAGUCUCCUGCAAUAGUCAUUGGUCUUCUGUUCAGAACAUUGAACACCCAUGCAAGUCAUCUGUUAUGAUUGUAAGGUCAGAUCUUUAAGAUUUUGUGCUCUGGUCUGUUUUGAAAAUUUGCAGUUGAGGUUUUACAGUACAAUAUCAUAAUAUAUAUAUAAAAGAUAUUGACAAAAUGUAUACUCACUGUUAAGUUUUCAGUCAAUCUAUAAGAGGAAGCAUAAAUAACACUGAUUUCCAUGCUUAAUAGUACAGUCAUGUUAAUGCAAUCAAGUUUAACUAUAACCAUUUAUGUAAGUAUUUUAAAUCAUUUAUAUUUGAUUAAG